AGGACUAUAACUCCCAGAAUGCCUUGGUGCUGCUACUGGGAGAAGCGGGCAGGUGAGAGUUGGUGAACAUUGUUUCGGUAACGGACGAACUCGAGUGAUACCGGACGGGAGCGGUCUCCUGUCAGCAUGCGCGAUAAUGCAGUGUGAGAACUGUCUGAAGGAAACUUACUAAGAAUUGUUAACAAUCUCGCUCCUGUACUGCAUGCUGCUCCCUUCUGACAGAAAUUGAUUGAAUCCAGCUACGAGAUGGACAGGAUUCCUGUGUCAACUGUGGAGCUGGUCUGCUUGGGGUCAAGCUUUGCAUUUUCUGGGUUGUUUUACUAUUUGUAUAGAAAGAAAAGAUCAACAGUGGAAGUAUUAAAGGAAGCCCCAAAAUUUCAGAUCAACAAGCAGUUGGUGGAUUUUUUGAAUGCCACUCCAGGAAAAUGUGUGGAGUAUGCUAUUGUGGAAGGUAUCACUCGACCAGUUGGGGAGAGUCUGCAGAGCCAUUAUCAGGAUGACUGUACUGGGGUAAUGCAGCGGCUUAUUUUGAAAGAGCACAAACUGAUCUGGAAUAAUUUGGCUAGGAGUUGGAAUGAUAGUGAAAGGAUUAUACAUCAAAGAGUAAAUAUUGUGCCCUUUGACCUGAUAUCCCCUGAAGGAGGGAAGAGUUCAAUCCGUGUGAUCAACCCACUAGAAGCAUCAGGUCCGCAGUUUGAAACAGUGUAUGAACGGUUUCACCAGGCAACACAAGGUUUUACUGAUAUUAUUGGGCAUUAUCUGAGCGGUGAAAAGCCGAAAGGCUUCUUGGAAACUGAAGAGAUAGUCCGUGUUGGAGCCACUUUAACAGGAAUUGGUGAACUAGUUUUGGAUUCUGACAAGAUCAUCAAACUCCAGCCUCCUAAAGCAGGUCUGGAAUAUUUUUUAAGCACCCUGGACUUCCCAAGUAUCCUGAAGCAGCAGGAAUCAAGCGUUAAACUUUGGAAAAUGUUCAUGACCAUCUGUACAUUAACAGGCAUCGCAUUGAUCAUAGUUGUCCUGCGCAGAAUGUACCAUGAGUUCAGUGAAAAACAGGAACAGGAGGAACUGAGAAGGAGCUACAAACGGUUCAAUGAAAGCAGAGGUAUCACAGGUUCGACAGCAGAUGGUGAUGAAAUACCAGAGAAUGCAUGUGUAAUUUGUUUAUCCAAACCACGAGAAUGUGUCUUCCUGACCUGUGGACAUGUUUGUUGCUGCUAUGAUUGUCAUCGAGCACUUCCCUCACCAAUUUGUCCAAUUUGUAGAAGUUAUAUAACUAGAAUUGUACCUCUUUACCAAGCAUGACAGUGUAUUCCACUCACAAAUUAAUCAAGUGCCUUUAAUUUCUGAUCUGCACCAGAAAUGUCAAGUUAAUAUAUUUAUGUGGUGACCCCAAUCCCAUCACUAAGCGUUCAUUUUAAUACUGUGUUGCUGAGUGAUGUUCCCUUUGUGUUAGCCACAACAGCCAAGUUAGCAUUCAGGUUUCUGAAUAUGCGAUCAUAGCCAUUAUCAUUCAUUGACUAUGCUGAAAAGAGAUUCAUCAGUAUACUCUUGAUAUACUGCACAAUACUAUAUAUCAACCAACAAAGAUCUAGCCAAAUUAGUUAACCUGAUUUGGUAUUGAUAGCAGAUGGAACUUUUAACAAGGCACCCUUGGACUAGAGAGAAAAGCCAUCAUGAAAUAAAUUAGAAACGCUGAGGAUAAGCAACUAUUCCUUAGCUAGCAUUUUAUAGUGUCACCAGUAACUUGUUUUAGCUUGGUGCAAAAAUGCACAUUAAAGCAGACUAACAUGCUAGAGUCACUUUGACUUGGGCUGCAGCAUGGUGAAUUCCUCCAAAAUCUACAGUUAUGUCCCUACACUAACUUUCAAAACAGCUAGUCAAUAUUUUCUUACAUUGGAAGACUCAUCUGUUAGAAAAUAAAACAGUGACUUUACUGUCAGGGAGGUGAGAUGGAAAUGUGAAUGGACAUUUUAUGCCUAUUCUGGCACUUCCAUCAAUCUAGUCUUAAUUUCUCAGCUCAUUCCAGCUUACUUACUGUUUUCAACUAUUCACAAGUGAGCAAUACUAGUGCAUAAAUGAUUGGAAAAGCUAAUGGCAUGAUAAUUUAUAUUAUUGAAGCUGAAUACCUGCAAUGUAAGAUUGUAAUCGUGCAGAUAACAGAAAUUGUCACUUAAGUACUUCUUGAUAUUUCUGCACUGAAAUUAAUGACAUCUCCCCACUGACUGCUUUCUACGUUGAUAAGAGAGUGAAACUCCCCUUGUCGCUAGUAAUGCUGGGAUAGUGCUGUAACUUUCACAUAAACCAGGGACAACGUGGUCAGAAAGCAAAACAGCAGGGAAAAGAGAACAAACUGGUUUGAAGGGCAUGAAGGAGAAAGAAGAAAGAAAAGUUGAGAGAUCUGCAUAGUGCAGAAAGUGUGAAAAACUUUAAAACUCCCAUAUUGGUUUUUAAUUGACCUUUUUUGUGAAUUAUAAUCUUGUCCUAAAAUAAGAAAUGAGGUGAGUUUAUUUCCCUAAUGUAAUACAUUAGAUGAUAAGGUGAAAUAUGUCUGGACUAUUUAGGGUUAAUUAUCUCCUAGUUAAGUUUAUCUGUUUAUGUAUUCUGUAUUAUAUGACAGCUUUGUUCCUCAUUUGACUUUGCUGUUAUAUACAGACUUACUUCCUUACUGUGAGUCCUUGUGUCACAAAAUGCAAGAAUAUCAAUUCACUAAUGCUGUGUUCAUAAUUAUUUUACUUUAUUUUUGAUUUACUUUUAAAUAUGCACUCAGACUUAGUUACUAGUGUGUGUGAUUUAUUUGCUCAUCUGAAAAUGCUGCUCUCAUAUGCCAGUGACUCCCUUGAAUUAGUCUGUGACCCCCUCAUGUCAAUUAUAAAAAUUAUAUCAGAACUGUUGAAAAGUAUAAGGCAGUACUUACUUUUGUUGUAGGAAGUAAACAUUGGAAUUGAGGUAUACCUGAGAGUGUAUGAUAAAGACUAAAUAAAAGCAUCUACUGAUGACUAUUACCUGAGUUAUAUUAAA